UUCCCAGUUUUGAGAAACCUGGAUAUCGAAAGCAGUCAUGUGAUGUAGAAAAUAAAAUGAGGACAAAUGAGAAGGUGUGACUUGUAUUGCACGUCAGUGUUUGUUAAGAGAUAACCAGCGAAGUUUGACUGUCUCACUAAAACCGAUUAAUAAUUAAGCUUCAGAUUAACUUACAUACCUCUGUCAGGUUUGACCAACAGACUUGCAGAGUCAGACGAAGUCAUACACUGGAGAAACACUGGAAGUUGUGGAAAUAGAUGUACAGAACAAACACACUAGCUAUUCAAGUAAUUACACUGUUUAAAGAAUGUAUAAUGAAACAAAUGAAUGUAAUAGUGAGAAGUGUCCAGCACAGUAGGGACACACACUGUUGCUGACUCCUAUUUCAGGUAUGUCUCAAAAAGGUUUGCACAGAUAAUGCAAAUGGGCUGCACCCUUAGAAGGAAAACACCCUAUUUUGAGCAGCUAAAAUUUAACCAUAUAGGGCAGCUAUGAAUAGGACAGGAAGACAAGGAGUGACGUCAGUGGACAGGUGUAGAACAGUAUAAGAAGACUGAAGCAGGAAGGACUCUUCAGAUCUUACUUGGCUUUUUGCUGUAACAGAUACUUUUUCUGUGGUAGGAUCUCCAAAAGCUUUUGUUAUAAUUGAAUAAAUACUUUGAACGAAUCCACGUCUUCUGAGUGCUCAUCCUGUAUCAACCAAUUCGGGGAGGUGAAUUAAGAUUGCCUCAACAAAGUCCAUAAGAAGGCAACACGGUCUGGAAGAUUCUAAUCAACAUGUCUGUCAGUCUCAUUACAGGCAGCAGCUCCUCUGGGUUCACUACUGUGGAACCUCCCAGCACAGGUCUCAGACUGGAAGCUGUUGACAUCGCUGUGGUUGUUGUCUACUUUAUCUUUGUCAUGGUGGUUGGAAUCUGGUCAUCAGUCCGAGCCAAUCGCAGUACUGUCGGGGGGUACUUCUUGGCUGGCCGUUCAAUGACCUGGUGGCCUAUCGGAGCCUCCCUGAUGUCCAGUAAUGUUGGCAGUGGUUUGUUUAUUGGUCUAGCGGGCACAGGAGCAGCUGGAGGCAUCGCUGUAGGGGGAUUUGAAUGGAACGCAGCAUGGGUCCUGGUGGCUCUUGGUUGGAUCUUUAUCCCUGUCUACAUCUCAGCUCGAGUUGUGACCAUGCCUGAAUAUCUGGCCAAGCGCUUUGGAGGCCAGAGGAUACGCAUAUACAUGUCUGUUCUGUCACUCAUCCUCUACAUUUUCACCAAAAUAUCUACAGAUAUCUUUUCGGGGGCGCUGUUCAUUCAGGUGUCGUUGGGCUGGGAUCUCUAUCUGUCCACAGGCAUACUGCUACUGGUCACUGCUGCAUACACAGUAGCAGGUGGUUUGACAGCAGUGAUCUACACCGAUGCACUGCAGACUUUGAUCAUGGUUGGUGGAGCCUUUGCACUGAUGUUCAUAGCAUUCUCCAAAGUUGGUUGGUAUGAGGGUCUUUUGGACCAUUAUAUGUCAGCUGUUCCCUCAGUGACAGUCGCCAACACUACCUGCCACCUCCCUCGUAGUGAUGCCUUCCGCUUGUUCAGAGACCCGGUGUCAGGGGACUUACCAUGGCCAGGUCUGGUGUUUGGGCUUACUGUACUGGCUACAUGGUGCUGGUGCACAGAUCAGGUGACUUUCCUACACUAAUACAUAUAUGUACAUACAUCUCUUUCCUGCUUCAGAAACUGAAAGAAUUUUAUGCUUUUAUCUGUUUUAUAUAAUCAUUAUACAGUGGUGGCCAAAAUUAUUAGAACACCGGGCAGAUCUGAAAAUAUUGACCUUUUUUAGCCUCCAAAACAUGAUAUCAUUUCAUAAUGUUCAUGAAACAUGCAGAAGGUUACUCUGAGCACAACAAAUGUGAGUCCUACUAAUAGAGAGAUAUACUUCACACCUUUCGUCAAACUCUGGUUGACCCCGCUUUGACAGUUUUACGACUUUGACCUUUGACCCGGAAAGGGGGGUCCCGGCCCACCCCGGCAUGGCUAUUGGCUGUGCUGAAGGGGGUAGUAAGCAUGCG